UUUGUCUUGGCCCUCCAGGGCUGUGUCCCUUUAUCUCCUAUUGCUUCUCCCCUUCCAUUUCAGUAUAUACCUACGUCUUUUUUUUUUUUUCUUUCCCUACCCUUUCCCUCCCUCCCUCCUCUCUGCCCACCACGAAUCCCCCUCGCCCGCGUCCUGUAUAUACCCCUUCCGAACGGUAUGUUGAUCCGGCGAGACCUGCGAGCUGCCUCUGGAGUCAACCGAGAAGGAUAAUCCCGGGUUACGCCUUACGCGCCACGCUCCCUUUUUAGCCCUCGUUCCCCUACCUCGAGGAUGGGCACGAUCAAGAGUGCAUUCUCUCACAUACCCUCCCUACGGCUGCCAGGUUCCAGCGUCGUCUACCAACAACUGCCUUCGCAUGAUAUGAGCCAUGCCAGCUCGCCACUAGACGAGUCGCCUAUCAUGUCGGACGCUUGGCGUAAGGGGUUUGCCGUCCCCCGUCGUCGCCUCGGGCUCCUGCUCCGAACUUCCCCACGGAGAUUGUUCGGGUUUACCCUCGCUGUGUUUUUCACAUUCGUUCUGUUCGCUGGCGGAAGUUUGCGGGCGCGUCGUUACUAUGCUGAAAAGACCAAAGUCGACGAGCGCAUCCCCUAUCAUUGGGAAGCGUAUCCCAGACUUAAUGGGUUUUAUAAUGGCAUUCGCUCCCUCGUGAGGUACUCGGAGUGGAUCCCCGAGCAGCAGGCUGCGCCCAAGACCAAGAUCGAGAUUCACAAGACCCUUCCUUUCGACCCAAUUCCCGUUAAUCCAUACCCCGAUUUUAGCUCCAACGAGUAUCUCAACGAUCAUCACCCCGUCCAGAGAUGCUACGUUGACGAGAACGAGAAGUACCCAGCACCCGAUAUAUUCGCCUAUCCCGGUGUGCCGGCCGGCAUGACAGCGCCGUACUGGGGCUCGUAUGAGAGCCUUGGGGUCGCCCCGGAUAGGUGCUGGGAACGGUUUGGUCGCUUAGGUCCGUACGGCUACAGCUAUCCUCCGGCCGAAGGGGGACUCGGGCUCUCCAAUCAAUCAGCCCAUAUGGGAGCUGAGGUGGUCAAAGAAAUGUUUACCAAGAUUGAUUACCGCGGCGUAGACUGGGGCAAAGCGCAGAGGAUGUGCUUUGAGAAGAAUCGCAAACGAUUCGAGCCGGAGAAGGCCGCUGGCGAUAAUUCGACUAAGAAGAAGAUGGUGAAGAGGUCGGCGUACAUCUUGCGAAGUUGGACCGGUUACAAAUACAGCGACAUCCAACUCCUGUCGCUCCGGGCCAUGAUCAAUGAGCUUUCUCUGAAAUCCGGUGGAGAAUACGAUGUACACCUGCUUGUCCAUGUCAAGGAUGAUACGAUACCGAUCUGGGCUUCCGAAGAGGUGUAUAACCAGACGCUGAGGGAAAGCGUGCCGGAGGAGUUCUGGGGCAUAACGACGCUCUGGUCGGAGCAGCAGAUGAGGACCUACUAUCCCGGCCCAUUCCGCGACGAGGACAACGUCGAAAAUCACUCGAAAUCCGACAUAUACGGCGUUUACCGAACAGCACAUUUUGCGCUGCAAUGGUUCGCCCAACAGCACCAGGAAUAUGAAUUCUUCUGGAAUUGGGAGAUGGAUAUUCGCUAUACGGGCCAUUAUUACGAACUCAACAACGGCAUUUCGAAAUGGGCUGCGGAGCAACCUCGAAAAUAUAUGUGGGAGCGGAGUUCACGAUUCUGGAUCCCCGACAUCCAUGGCUCUUGGGCCAAAUUUUCCGAGUUGGUGGCGCGCGAAACCAUGAAAACAAAGGAGGAGCCGAUUUGGGGACCGGUGAAGUUCCAGACCGCGCCUGGGACUGGGGAAUUCGGUAUGCUCCUGUCCCCUAACGAGACCACACCGCCGAGGAAGUUCGAGGAGGACGAUUACCAGUGGGGUGUGGGCGAAGACGCGGACCUGAUUACCUUUGAUCCAAUUUUCGACCCGGCGAAGACCAAUUGGGUCUUCCGCAAUGAUGUGACCGGAUACAACACGUCGCUUCCGACGCCUCCUCGUCGCGCGGCUAUCAUCACGGUGGCACGCCUGUCCCGAAGACUCCUCAACACCAUGCACGAGGAGACGUUCCGCAUGCAUCACACCAUGUUUCCGGAGAUGUGGCCACCAACCGCCGCUCUCCAUCACGGGUACAAGGCCGUCUACGCGCCACAUCCGGUGUAUUUCGAUCGAAAGUGGCCCUUGGAUAUCAUGGACAAGACUUUCAACUACCCUCCGGCCGCCCACGAUAGCCCUUUCGGGUGGGGCGAACAUAACAUGCAGGGUGGCAGCUUCUACUAUAAUGCCGGGUUCAGCGGCGCUCUCUGGCGGCGGUGGCUAGGGGCCUUGGAGAACGGCGAGGGCGGGAAGAAGGCAGAAGAGGCCGGCUCGGACCGCUUGUGUCUCCGUGGGAUUCUGCACCACCCCAUCAAGUCAGAGAGUGUCGAGUAAUCACUGUCCAUAACCCGAUGAUUCUGAUGGUGGCGUAUGUGGCGUUAAAGGGGAUGCCCAAGAAUAGGGGCUCUGGUUUUUACUG